AAUUAAAGUAUCUCAGUAGCCAUUUAUUUGUGAUAUUAAAAAUCGAAAAAAUAAAAUCGAAUUUUAUCCAAUACAACAUAAUAAAUUCAGUGGUUGUGUGAACGAAAGGUAAUGCACUCCAGUGCUGUGUAUUGCAUUCGUUUUUAGCCCGAAUCUCUGCUAAAAUCACGUAUGAUAUAUAUACAGUCACUACAACAUAUGUAACAAAUCCACGGAAAAAAAUGUGUACGAUUGGGAAAAAAAUAUUGUUCGCUGACGCACACAUUGACAACGUUUGCUGCGAUAAUACAUAUGCAAUAGGGCAACAACAAUCGCGCGCUUCAACCCAAUGAGAUGGUUGUUGUAUGUACCAUACAUACACAUAAAUACAAUAAAAGAAUGAAACUCGCGAAACGCCGAAACGCCAUGGAAAAAAGUACAGAUAUUCAUUUCAUUAGUAAUAUUCAAACCCAUAGAAUAGUGCGGUGAGAAUAGGUGCAACAUUGUUGAGUUCUUAUAAUUUCACAUCCCAAAAAAUCUGCACAUAUAUAGACACUCAUUUUCUCAUCAUUCUUUAAAAUUGCAUCAAACGAACACGAAGUGUGUAGUGAAUGCAGUGCAUUUUGUAUUUUCGUUAAAAUUAAAAGAGAAAAAAAAACACACACAUUACUCCUAGUUAUGAAUUAGAUAAAUUCGAAUACAAUUUUUUUUUCUUUGUUCAUUGUUUUUGGUGACAGUAAUCGUAUAAGAGGUGAACUUAAACAAGAAAUUUACUAUUUAAAAUUGAAAAUAAUAAAAAAAAGUAUACAAUUUUUGCUGGCGAAGACUCAAAGGAAACGGCAUAAAAAAUGGUUCAGGCUUUAGAUGACUAUGAAAUCGAAGAGGACUUGCCAAACGCAAUGAAGCUGCUCGGCGAGAUGAAUAAUAAUGUAAAACAAGUUUCAGAUUUGGUUGAGGGUAUGUUGCAACGCGUCAAAAGUGGUGAACUCACAACCGAAUAUGGGCUUAGUUUUCUAGAGGUUAGGUAUCACAUGCUGUUGACAUAUUUGAUUAAUCUAACCUACGUGGUGCUCCGAAAAUGUUCAGGCAAAACAAUUGAACGGGAUCCGUCUAUUGACCGCUUGAUUGAAAUACGUACAGUGUUGGAGAAAAUUCGACCAAUCGACUACAAACUACGCUAUCAAAUCGAUAAAUUGGUUAAAACAGCCAUUACUGGUGUCACCAAUUCAAAAGAUCCAAUUAACUUCAAGCCAAACUUGAGCGCUCUCACCACUCAAAUAGAAACUGGAGACACAGCCGAAAGUAGUGAUGACUCAAACGAUUCAGACGAUGAAGCUAAUAAAUCCGGUAAAAAUGGCAAAAAAUCUGCUUCAACCAAAGAUGGUGGCGUUUAUGUACCGCCAAAACUCAGCGCUGUUCAUUACGAUGGUGAAGAUACAAAAGCAGAACGCGCCCGUAAACAAAUUGAACGUGCCAGAAAACGAGCUUUGAAUUCAAAUAUUAUUCAAGAUUUGAAAGAAGAAUGUUUAGAUACACCGACUGAGAUAACAGAAGGUUCACGUGCACAGCAACUCUUAACCCGAGCACAAAAAGAAAAGGAAGAAUAUGAAGAAGCUUAUCUUACACGAUUACCUGUCACCAAAGCCGAAAAGCAUCGUCAAAGGAAACUCACCACACUCGGCACUCUCGGCGAUGAGAUCACCAGUUUUGGUAAUAUCAGUGCACUGAGCGGAUCGGCAUCGGGUUCAUUGCCAAAAGGCAAGAAGCGAAAGUCAAAGGGCCAAUCGAAGCGUCGUGGUGGCAAGAAACGAAAAUUCCACUGAGCAGACGCAUCUACAUCAUCAGCCCAUGGUGUCUCGUUUCUUGAGCGACAAAAUUCCAAUCACACAACUCUCCUUUAAAUAGUUUUUUUUUGUUUACUCGAUUUCUCCAUACCAUAUUAUACUUUUUCGGUUGAAUUGAUUUCCAUACAAGAUGGAAUAAUUUCGUUUUUAAUUUGUUAAUCGAUUUAUUUUCGAGGUUUUUU